AUGAAAAUAUUAUGUGACAGGUUGGAGGACCCUCCAGAACACUGGGAGCUGCAUGGGGAAAGGGAAAUUGGCGUGAGUUGCCUUGGUCACCCACUUCCACCAUCAAAAGGCCAGUGUGGGCAGAAGGAGCUCUUCUGUUUGCAGAGGGUGAAGUUUUGAUCCAACCCCAGUUGUUGUUCUCCAACUCCCAUCAGCACUGGCCAUCAUGGCCAGUAGGCAGGGAUUAUGGGAACUGUAGUCCAGCGGCAUCUGAAGUCCCAGAGAUUCUUCAUCCCGGAUCUUGCAUGAACUAAUCAGGGUGACUGGGUAAAGCAGAUCUUGUCUAAUUGCAGUGAGAUGAAUAUGAUGACCUAAAACCUAUUAAUGCACUAUUUCUGAGGAUGAACUUCAAAUAUCCAUUAUGAUUUGCUAACCACAUUUUUUUUGCUUAUUUUUGUUUUACAGAUUUUGGCCAUUGUAUCUAUUUUGUUCAUUGUGCUGUCCACCAUUGCUUUGUCACUCAACACUCUACCUGAGCUUCAAGUAAUUGAUGAAUUUGGACAACUAAAUGACAACCCCCAGCUAGCACAUGUAGAAGCUGUGUGUAUAGCUUGGUUCACUAUGGAGUACCUUUUGCGUUUCCUGUCAUCUCCAAACAAGUGGAAGUUCUUCAAAGGUCCAUUAAAUGUGAUUGACUUGCUGGCCAUUUUACCCUACUAUGUCACCAUUUUCCUCACAGAAUCCAACAAAAGUGUGCUGCAGUUCCAAAAUGUCCGCCGUGUUGUUCAGAUAUUCCGUAUUAUGAGGAUACUCAGGAUCCUUAAACUUGCCAGACACUCAACAGGCCUUCAGUCUUUAGGAUUCACACUCAGGAGGAGUUACAAUGAAUUGGGUUUAUUGAUAUUAUUUUUAGCAAUGGGUAUCAUGAUAUUUUCCAGUCUUGUAUUUUUUGCUGAGAAAGACGAAGAUGCUACAAAGUUUACUAGUAUUCCUGCAUCAUUUUGGUGGGCCACCAUCACUAUGACUACAGUAGGCUAUGGUGAUAUAUAUCCUAAGACUUUACUAGGUAAAAUUGUUGGAGGAUUGUGUUGCAUUGCUGGAGUGCUGGUAAUUGCUCUACCUAUUCCCAUCAUAGUAAACAAUUUCUCUGAGUUUUAUAAGGAGCAAAAACGGCAGGAGAAAGCCAUUAAACGAAGGGAGGCACUUGAGCGAGCAAAAAGAAAUGGAAGCAUUGUCUCAAUGAAUCUCAAAGAUGCCUUUGCCCGCAGCAUGGAACUGAUUGAUGUAGCCGUGGAUUCCGGUAAGACUGAGGAAGCAGCCAACUCCAAGGAAACCCCUGACGAUAACCACUUAUCUCCAAGCCGGUGGAAAUGGGCCAGAAGGACAAUGUCAGAAACAAGUUCUAAUAAGUCCUUGGAGAAUAAAUAUCAGGAAGUGAGCCAGCAAGAUACCAACGAAAAGCUCAACAAUAUUGUCACAGCCUCCAGCCCCCAACACUUGAGUGCUCAGAAACUCGAAAUGUUAUACAAUGAAAUUACUAAAACUCAGUCUCAGCCUAAUCUCAACGCCAACUACCAAGGCCCGUCAGCGAAACCUCCCUUAUAUGAGGAGGAAAUUGAAAUGGAAGAGGUUGUUGGGCAAGGAGAACCAUCCAUGUCAGGGGCCAGGGACAUAGUGACGGACAUGAGAAGCAUUUCCAGCAUUGAUAGCUUUGCCAGCUGUGCAACCGAUUUCACUGAGACAGAUCGGUCUCCCUUGCCCCCAUACUCUGGUUCUCACCUGCAGCUAAGGUUCCCACCCGACUCUGUCCAUUUGGAAGACCAAAGAGCAAAGAGUUCUCAGUUUUUAUCACACACCAAGGAUAAAAUGUUUGCCCCCAGAGACGUCACCUUUGAGUACUCCCCAGUUGAUACAGCCAUGAACAUGGAUAACGCUGGCUCCCAGUCUCUGCUUCAUGGCCCUUUGCACUUUGACAGCUCCAUGUUAAGUCCCAAAAGUUCUCUCAAAGGAAGCAAUCCAUUAAAAGCAAGGUCCCUUAAGGUUAAUUUUAAGGAAAACAGAGGUGGCGCUCCACAAACGCCACCGAGCACUGCAAGGCCACUUCCAGUAACAACGGCGGCAGAUUUCAUGCAAUCCACCCCUCCUCAGCAUAUCAGCACUAUUCUCUUAGAAGAGAAUUCACCACACGGCGACAGGCCCUUGGUGGGUGCUGAUGCCUCCCUGGUUUGCCAGAGCAUUCCUAAGAAAUCAUCCCCUUCUCUGUUUCCAAAACAAAAGCUUUUUACUUUCCCUUCCAAAGAGAGGAGAAGCUUCACUGAAAUGGAUACCGGAGAAGAAGACGACUUCAUGGAGAUUCCUGGAAUCACAAGACAUGACAAAGAGCAGGAUAUCAAGACAAACUGCUAUGGGGAAAAACACAAAGAUGGGAACCAUUUAACAGAAGAGCCUCGAGUCAGCUCUUCUUCCCCCAAAAUCUUGGGGCAAAACUGUACACAAGACAUUUACUGUGCCGGGGGGGAUGUAAAAGGGGACAAUAGCCAAGAAGGUCACAAAAUGGAAAACCACUUGUUUUCCCCAGAAAUCCAUACAAAUCCUGGAGAAACUGGCUACUGUCCCACACGGGAAACCAGCAUGUGA